GCGGCGCACAAUAGCCCCAGCGUCGUCCGGGUUUGGCCAAGGUAGGCCAUCAUUGUAAAUAAGAAUUUGCUUCUUAACUGACUUGCCUAGUUAAAUAAAGGUUAAAAAAAAUGUAUAAGUUAUGUUGUUCUAGAAUCAAUGGCUAAACCCAAACAUUGAUGCAGCCACUGCAGAUUGCCCCUUUGGAGUGAAAAUGGCCACAUCAAAAGAUCAACAUGAUGAUGACUGUGAACCUAGCACUCCUGAACAGUCAACCCCUCUCCUACCCCAGUUGUCACGACUUGAAGAGCUCUCAAACAUCAUUGAAAGCAAAGAACCUGGUGAAGAGGAAAUUGAGAAUUUAGCUGGAAUUCUUCGGUCUCUUGCUGAUGAUUUGCAUUGUAAUUUAGAACAGCACUUAAUGAUAGAUAGGCUUGACGUCAUACAGACAAAUAUCAUGGACAAACUUAGUCCUGGUCAAAAGGAUGGUAGUAGCGUCAUCACUGGAACAAUGAGACAGUUCUACAACAAGGCACUGGAUUCAGUAGGAACAAUCAUCACUAAACUGGCCAAAAAGAUCAGAGUCAACUAUUCAGAGUCAAAUAUGUCUCCAAAAAGAGUUUGGCCUUAAAACCAAUAGUCCAAAGGGAUGUUUGAAUUGCAACCAUAUAAAGAGCUCAAUGUUCUGGAUUCAGGUUGAACCCUCCGUGUCUACAGAGGAUGAGACCACCGUCUACACACUUGACUCUUCUGCAGCAGGGCAUUACGAGUGCAUCUUAUCAGGGCUGCGGUGGGUAUGUGAGAGCAAAGUCAGCCUGCAAUACCAGUUCAGUUCCUGGGAGCCUCACAGGGCCACUCUGAACAACAUGCGGUUUGAAGAAGGAGGUCCAUUACUGGACAUCACAAUGAUUUCUGGCAAACUAGAAGAAAUUCAUCUGCCACACUUUGUCUGUAUAGAUCCAGACUACCCACAAUCCUGCUUGAGAGAAGACAUAAAGGUUCUACAUGUGAAAGACAACAGAGUGCUUCUUGAAGAAGUAGAUGAGGUGACGCGGUUCCAUGCCAAACUGCUUCAUCCCUCCUUCUCUGGCAGGGGUUUGGUACUGAGACGUAUGUUGCAUUGGAGAGUGCACUGUGACCUUCUGAUCUUUAGGUCCACCAGAGCACUCCUCACCUUACACACAUAUCUGAUCCGAUGUGAUCCUUCUCUAGCACGGGAGGUGGAGGCACAGGAGAAGUCAUAUGGAUUCUUAAGACUUCCAAAGCCAAAGCCGGAGAAGUCUCUUUGGAAGGGGAGUCGCUUCGCCCUCAAGACCUCGUGUCAAUCCUCGAUUACGCCACAAACGAUCAAGCUGAGAAGCACCAGGCCAAACUACUUUGAGGUGUACAUAAAGGACGCUGCGAUGGACUUUGAGAUGGAGUUGAUAAGUGAGAGGGGAGAAUCUGCAUGGAAAGCUGAAAUACGAACAGAGGAAUACAGAGAUGAUUCAUCCACAAGAGACAGUGAGUUUGUAGAUGAAUUCAGACCACAGCUCAUUCAAAAAGUCAAUAAUGUGUUUGCCAUAGCAGAUAUUCUCUUCACAAAGGGCGUGAUCGGUGAAGAGAUCAAUGCAAAUAUCAGCGCUGCACCGACCCGCCAGGCCAAGAUGAGGCACUGAAUUCAGGUGGACCACAUGUCAAAGCUGCAUUCUUUACUGCACUCAAAGAAAAGGAACCCUUUCUAGUCAAAGACUUGGAUAAAUAAUACCUUAUCGCUCUCAUUCUUAUACCAAGACACUUUAAGCAGGGUGGAGGAAAGAGUGAUAAGAACUAAGA